AUGGCUUUGUUUGUUAUUUUCGGACGUUUCUCGCGAAUACAUACCAUCCGUCAAACCACUGCAUUCCAACACAGAACGUCACCGUUCAAAACAAUAGCUGCAGUUCGUGAACGCUCCCGAAACUUUCAUCACCUUAUCCAGUGUCUUCCCAAUUUCCUUCCCAACGUCGUCAAAAUAGGUUCCAGCAUGAGCUCAUCGCCCGAAGGUCAGGACAUGAUGGAAGUCUUGGCCUGCAACAGCAAUCAGCUGGCGGACGAUCUGCUUGCGGCCGGAAGUAACGCAGGGAAACGGCAAAAACUUGUGCUCGACUAUCUCAAGGUAGCCGAUCGGGAUGGCAAAAGUGUGACGGCCGAAUUUCCGGACGGAUUGGAUUGGUUCAAUGUGACGGAAUCACUGACGCUACAGGGUUCCCUGCGGGGGAAGGUGGUUGUGCUGGACUUUUUCACCUACUGCUGUAUCAACUGUAUGCACAUCCUGCCGAAUUUGAAGCGCCUGGAGCACAUGUACCCGAUCGAAGAAGGUCUGGCAGUGAUCGGUGUGCAUAGCGCCAAGUUCAAGAACGAGAAAGACUCGAACAACAUUCGGGCAGCGGUUGAACGGUACGAAAUUUCGCACCCCGUCGUCAACGACAACGUGUCGGCAAUGUGGCGCAAGCUGCGUGUACAGUGUUGGCCAACACUAAUGAUAUUGGGACCACGAGCGAACCCACUGUUCGUGAUUAUGGGCGAGGGAAACUUUGAUGAUUUGAAGCUGUACGUUGGCAGUGCGAUACGGUUCUACAAGGAGAAGGGCGAAAUUCAGCGCCAUUCAUUGCCGCUCAAUCUGUCCGGCACGGGUACGAUUGCUUCGAAUAUGAAAUUUCCUGGCAAGAUUGCCUGUUCGAUUCCACCCAUGGAUGGUGCUAAGGAUAACAACGAGGAGCAACUUUACGCCGUUUCGGAUUCGGGCAACCAUCGGGUGUUGAUUAUCGAUUCUGCCGGUACGGUGCUACACAAGGUUGGUGGCAAGCAGAGUGGAUUUUUGGAUGGCAAUUUCUCGAAUGCGCGCUUCAACGCUCCCCAGGGCGUUGCGUUCCAAGGAUCAGAUGUGGUGUUCGUAGCAGACAACGAAAACCAUGCGGUGCGUAGAAUUGACCUGAAGACGCAAUUAGUAAGCACCAUUGCCGGAAACGGUACGCAGGGUAACGAUCGCAUCGGAGGCAAGAGUGGACGCGAUCAGCUGCUAUCAUCUCCAUGGGACGUAGCGGUAUAUUCGACACGAGACCUAGAUAUGUCGUUCCACGCGGACGAAGCAAGCGUUCCAUCAAAAGAUGUGUUGUUGAUUGCGAUGGCUGGGAUUCAUCAGAUUUGGGCCAUCUUUCUGGAGGAUACGAUUUGGUGGAAGUUCAAGAAAUACGGUGCCGGUACGUGCUGGGCCAUUGCGGGCAGUGGCCAUGAGCAGAACCGUAAUACGUCUUAUCCACACAGUGCCGCAUUUGCUCAACCAUCUGGUUUGGCUAUUAACCGUGUAGCAAAGGAAGUUUAUUUAGCGGACAGUGAAAGUUCCGCUAUCAGGAAAAUCUCACUCGCCGAUGGAAAGGUGAUGGCCGUGGCCGGUGGAGAUCGAAAUCCGUUGGAUCUGUUCGCUUUCGGUGAUGUGGAUGGAAAACAAUAUGCGGCAAAGUUUCAGCAUCCUCUCGGUGUGGCCUACAACCCGAUAGACGGUUGCAUUUACUUCGCGGACACGUACAAUCACAAGAUAAAGAAAAUUGACGCAUCGACAAACUGUGCUACGACAUGUGAGUUCCGGGUGGCGAAUGGUACCGUUCGACGCUUCAGCGAACCGGCCGGCCUUUGUCUCGAUCGUUCUGGGCAGCUGCUGUACAUUACCGACACUAACAAUCAUGAACUGCUGGUGGCAAAUCUUGCCGAUUACAGUAUCCGUCCAGUGAAGUUAAACUUCCGCGUACCGGAAGAACUGGACAGUGUGGGUGAAAAUCACCCAUCGGGCACCACGCUGAAACCAACCCGUCCAAUCACAAUGCAUCCCGGUGCUGGACAGAGUUCGUUGCGCCUAACCUUCAAUCUAACCUUCCCCGGUCAGACAACCAAACUAACCGAAGGUGCACCCCAGCAAUGGUCCAUCGAGCUGCCAUCGUCUGAGUGGAGUUGCGCGUGCACCAAGGGUACGAUCGAUACCGCUUCCGGCCAAUCACUUCAGUUGCUUAUCGCACCACCAGCAAACGAUGCGUCAGUUAACGGUAACGAUCCUUCACCGAUUGUUCUCAGCUUUAAGCUAAAUCUUUGUGAAGGGGAUGUUUGCUUCCCGAAAGAAUUCACCGUGCUACUAGAAGUGCAAUACUCAGCAAAGGAGGUCGGCCACACUAACGUGGAACGUUACGACGCACAGGAAACAUACGAGGUGCAGCUAUCACGCGAAAAACUAUCGCUUCAGCAGUCCUGA